AUGAUCCCGAAGUUCUCGGCCAAGAAUAUGGUGAAUGUGACUCUAUGCCAGGAUUAUCCAUCCGCUCUAGAAGGUCUCACUCUGACGGAGGAAUGCCUUAUUGCAAAGUGCCAUCCUCUUGGUGUUGUUCUGAAACUGCGACCAGGAGGCUGCCUGUCUUCCGUCAACUAUCACGCUCUCCGGGGUCAUUUCAUUGUUAUUCCACAAGACCCGGGGCCACUGCUGGAUAUCCUGCCGAGCCCGGAGUUGACACUACAUAGCCUGAUUAAGGUGUUCUGGUUAGGUGCCCGACCCCCGAAAGAUUCGGAACUGAGUCCAUUCCUUCUCGUUCGGAAGGCGAAAGUUCUGGCCGCGUUGCAGUACCUUGUUCGAUACAACCCUCUCUACCAUGACCUCAUUAUCAACCAGCCCAUGAUCGACGACUGGAGCGAUGACUUCAUCCCACUAGAGCUGAGAGAUAGCAUCAUCUGUCUCGACGAGCCCGAUCACCAUGAGCGUGAAGGGUACACAGUAGGCCUGCAGACGGGAAACUACGAGAACAACCUUCAGGCUGCACAAGAUAGCGCGUGUGAUGUGGACGUCGGCCAGCCUUUUAUCACUGGCUCUGUUUCCACAGAUAUUAAUGGAGAACGUCAAGAACCUAACCUUCGUGUGCUGGACGCGUUGCUCAGAACUAUUACGAACAGAUCGCCAGAAAUGCCUGUUAUCUCUUAUAUAAUCCACGGGCAAGCCAUACUGGUGGAUCACUGGUCAGAUCCCCAUUAUUUUACCGCCGCUUUCCUAACCUUGUUCCCCACCGGGAUUGGCGGCCAUCUCGAUGAGCGAGCUAUCCCGGUAUCCCUCGGAGCGUUUGCCGAGUGGGCUUUGAGCCACCAUAGUAGAAGGUGCCUUCUCUCUUUGAAUGAUGGUAACGCGUUCCUCAUCAAACGCCAGAAUUGGCACUCGGUAACUAAGGAUAUCACCUCUCUGAUAGUGACCCAACUGCAAAAUGCAGCAAAGACAGUCGCAAUGGGCCAGAAAGUUGAAGAUCCGAUUAUCCGACGUCUGCUACGAAGUAUCAUGACGAUCGGGCUGAUUACCCGGUAUGGCAUGCCCGCUUUUUGGAUCACUAUUAAUCCCUCCGACCUACGGAACCCCCUCGUCCUGAUCCUAGCCGGUAUAGAGUACUCUGGGGACAACCUCGCCCCGGCUAAUGCCGCUAUACGUGAAGCUGCUGCUACUUCUAACCCUGUAGCCGUUGCAGAGUUUUUCCAUAGCGUUUGCAAAGCCGUCCUAGAAGGUCUUUUUGCUACCAAUACCGGCCAGAUAGGCAUUCUUGGUGAACUCUCGAAUCAUUUUGCAGUUGUCGAGACAAACGGCCGAGGUAUGCUACAUAUCCACGGAUUAGCGUGGGCGAGAGGUAACUUGGCUUUCACUACAUUGCGUGAUCGGCUCCUGCAUGAUACCAACUUUGCAACUCGUAUGGUUUGCUACCUAGAGUCGAUCAUUAUGCAAGGUAUUGAUGAGAGUAUUCUACAUGAUCCUGAAGUGACCAUUCCCAGCAUGCCACCGUCAGCCAAAGAUUUCGAAUCCGAUGAUGACUUUCAUCUUCGACUAUCUUAUGACAGCAAUUGCGUCGCCCGUAAAACGUAG